CUCGGAUCCUGGGUGGGAGGGGGUUGGCGGCGGGGUCCGGAGUGCAGUAAAGGAGGAAGAUGGCGGGGUGCAGGGGGUCCUUGUGCUGCUGCUGCAGGUGGUGCUGCUGUUGCGGUGAACGUGAGACCCGCACCCCGGAGGAGCUGACCAUCCUUGGAGAGACACAGGAGGAGGAGGAUGAAAUCCUUCCCAGGAAAGACUAUGAGAGUCUGGAUUACGACCGCUGUAUCAACGACCCCUACCUGGAAGUUCUGGAGACCAUGGAUCACAAGAAAGGCCGAUGGUACGAGGUGGUGAAGUGGACGGUGGUGUUUGCCAUAGGAGUCUGCACCGGCCUGUUUGGCGUGGUGGAAGCCUCCGUGGAGGAGUGCAGCCAGAAGGGCUGCCUCGCCCUGUCCCUCCUUGAGCUCCUGGGCUUUAACUUGACCUUCGUCUUCUUGGCCAGCCUGCUUGUCCUGAUCGAGCCGGUGGCCGCAGGCUCUGGCAUACCCGAGAUCAAAUGCUACCUGAACGGCGUCAAGGUGCCAGGCAUUGUCCGGCUCCGGACCCUGCUCUGCAAAGUCUUCGGAGUGCUGUUCAGCGUGGCUGGAGGGCUCUUUGUGGGGAAGGAAGGCCCCAUGAUCCACAGUGGAGCCGUGGUAGGAGCCGGCCUCCCCCAGUUUCAGAGCAUCUCCUUACGGAAGAUCCAGUUUAACUUCCCCUACUUCCGAAGCGACAGAGACAAGCGAGACUUUGUGUCAGCAGGAGCCGCUGCGGGAAUCGCUGCAGCUUUUGGGGCUCCUAUUGGGGCGACCCUGUUCAGCCUGGAGGAGGGCUCGUCUUUCUGGAACCAAGGGCUCACAUGGAAAGUGCUCUUCUGUUCCAUGUCUGCCACUUUCACCCUCAACUUCUUCCGUUCCGGGAUUCAGUUUGGAAGCUGGGGUUCCUUCCAGCUCCCGGGAUUGCUGAACUUCGGCGAGUUUAAGUGCUCUGACUCUGAUAAAAAAUGUCAUCUCUGGACAGCUAUGGAUAUGGGUUUCUUCGUCGUGAUGGGGGUCAUUGGGGGCCUCCUGGGAGCCACGUUCAACUGUCUGAACAAGAGGCUUGCAAAGUACCGUAUGCGAAACGUGCACCCGAAACCUAAGCUCGUCAGAGUCUUAGAGAGCCUGCUGGUGUCUCUGGUCACCACCUUGGUGGUGUUCGUGGCCUCGAUGGUGUUAGGAGAGUGCCGACAGAUGUCGUCUUCGAGUCAGAUCAGUAACGGCUCGCUGAAGCUCCAGGUCACAUCAGACGUGAACUCAAGCAUCAAGGCGUUCUUUUGUCCCAACGACACCUACAACGACAUGGCCACGCUCUUCUUCAACCCCCAGGAGUCCGCCAUCCUGCAGCUCUUCCACCAGGACGGAACCUUCAGCCCCAUCACCUUGGCCUUGUUCUUCGUCCUCUACUUCUUGCUUGCCUGUUGGACUUACGGCAUUUCCGUUCCCAGUGGCCUUUUCGUGCCGUCUCUGCUGUGUGGAGCUGCUUUUGGACGCUUAGUUGCCAAUGUCCUGAAAAGCUACAUCGGCCUGAGCCACAUCUAUUCGGGCACCUUCUCCCUGAUCGGGGCCGCGGCGUUGCUGGGUGGGGUCGUCCGCAUGACCAUCAGCCUCACGGUCAUCCUGAUCGAGUCCACCAACGAGAUCACCUACGGGCUUCCCAUCAUGAUCACCCUGAUGGUGGCCAAGUGGACAGGGGACUUUUUCAAUAAGGGCAUUUACGACAUCCACGUGGGCCUGCGAGGAGUGCCACUUCUGGAAUGGGAGACGGAGGUGGAGAUGGACAAGCUGAGAGCCAGCGACAUCAUGGAGCCCAACCUGACCUACGUCUACCCGCACACCCGCAUCCAGUCUCUGGUCAGCAUCCUGCGCACCACGGUGCACCACGCCUUCCCGGUGGUCACGGAGAACCGGGGCAACGAGAAGGAGUUCAUGAAGGGCAACCAGCUCAUCAGUAACAACAUCAAGUUCAAGAAGUCCAGCAUCCUCACGCGAGCCGGCGAGCAGCGCCGACGCAGCCAGUCCAUGAAGUCCUACCCGUCGAGCGAGCUGCGCAACGUGUGUGACGAGCACGUGGCGUCCGAGGAGCCGGCCGAGAAGGAGGACCUGCUUCAGCAGAUGCUGGAGCGGAGAUACACCCCCUACCCCAACCUGUACCCUGACCAGUCCCCAAGCGAGGACUGGACCAUGGAGGAGCGCUUCCGCCCCCUGACCUUCCACGGCCUCAUCCUGCGUUCGCAGCUCGUCACCCUGCUUGUGCGGGGGGUGUGUUACUCGGAGAGUCAGUCGAGCGCCAGCCAGCCGCGCCUCUCCUACGCCGAGAUGGCCGAGGAUUACCCCCGCUUCCCUGACAUCCACGACCUGGACCUCACACUGCUCAACCCACGCAUGAUUGUGGAUGUCACCCCAUACAUGAACCCGUCACCCUUCACUGUCUCGCCCAACACCCACGUCUCCCAAGUCUUCAACCUGUUCAGAACGAUGGGCCUGCGCCACCUGCCCGUGGUGAACGCCGUGGGGGAGAUCGUCGGGAUUGUGACCCGGCACAACCUGACCUACGAAUUCCUGCAGGCCCGACUGCGCCAGCACUACCAGAGCCUCUGAGAGCCCGGCCUCCCCGGGGCUGCCGGCGAGGCGGCGCGCUCACACUCCGGCUGGCACAGCUGGCCGGCUGCGGCUGUUCCUGGGCUACCGAAGAUUCCCAGUCACUACCCACCCACUCCCCUGGAAAGCCUGGAGCUGUUGGAUGCUUUGGUGGUCAGAGACCCUGGGGAGGGCGUUGACCCCUCAGAGUGUGGGCUUUUCUGCCGUCCCUGGGCACAGGCCCCCAGGUGGAAGCCAGCCUGGACCCGGCAGAGGGAUCCUGCCCCAGGCUUGCUGCUCUCCCCGACGGCCGAGCCAUGGCCUUGUCAUUUGCUUUAGGCCGAGGCAAACAUGGGGGGUACCAGUUGUAAAAUUAAUUUCCGAGUUUAGGAAUCAGGCACUGAGAAAGUUCCCCACGUUUUGGGGGCCCUCCUUUGUGGGGGCUCCUCGUGCAGACUCCUCGCUGAUGCUGAGAGCCCCGUCCUGCCCUGAGCCCUGAGCCCUGAGCCCUGAGCGGUCAGUCUGAGGCUGGGGUUGGGCUGACGCCCGCCCUCAUUUUUAACACAUCAGCUUUGUCCCCCGUGCAAGUCGCUCCCGGCCUCCCUGGAACGCGUGGCUGCCCUGAGCCCUCCCCAACCUUCACCUCGUGAUGGACUUGGCCUUCCCAGGCUCCGCGUCCGUCUGCUGGGGAAGCGGCCCCAUCUCCGCGCGUCCUGGCCUUGCCCCCGAGUCACCUGGAAGCAGGGCUCCCCGAGGUGAAAACGUCCCUCCCGAGCCGGGGCAGUAGCAGGUGUGUGUGGACACAGCGGAGGUUGGCUUUGAGGAAGGUCCCCAGGCGUCGUGCGCCCUCCUGCCGCUAUCCAUGCCCGACCUCCUGGGACAGACAGGGGGCGCUGUGCUGCCGGGAGCGCUUCCUGCAGCUCACGCCUACAGUGGAAGCGCUAACCCCAGGGACCCGUCUGUGAGGGCCGACGGUCUCCUGGCUGGUUGGCCGCGGAGUGAGCCCCGGGGGCCCGGGCAUUUGCACUUGCCAUCCUCUGACUGCUGCACGGUCGGCGUCCUUGAGCCAUGCAGCUGCCCUGUGGCUGGGCUGCUUUGGGAUCCAAGAUGGCGCCUGCCUGCAUUGAGACUGCCUAACUGUGGAAGCCACCAGAGGGCACUGGAGCCUGAGCCUGCCCCCGCCCUGAAGUUCACUUCCGAGAUGGCUGUGCAGCCUGCGGUGGGGCCGGCGGCGCUGCCCCAGGGCUGUUCCACCCGCUCGCCGCUGGGUACCACUGCUUCAGGACCAUGUGCUGACCGCGGCUCCCUCCACCCCCCGUGUCCUUACCCCUUUGACCAAGUUUGAGUUCCUGCAUGCACCUGCCUUGUGAAGUAGAGUGACAUUUCAGGAAGUCACCAGGACCAAAAAGGCCAGCCCUGUCCAAAGUGAUGGGGUUCAGCCAGCUGCCGCUUUAUUGUAGGGUGGCUGGACCAUUGUUUCUUCCUUUUAUCAAGAGGGGAACCAGUUGCCCAAGUCAGGAGAUUGGCAGGCCACCUGUCACAGAAGCCCCGCCCUUCCCCACCUGGGUGGGGUCCUGAGAGCUAGAGCAGCAGGAGCCCCGGCCUCAGGAGGGUUCAUAUCCCUGCCACGCCUGGAGGCUGUCUGGGCAGUGAGGGUGGAAUGCGUCUCCCUCAUGCACAUUGUGUUGUGUUGAAGUCACCAGAUACUCUGUUCCCGUGCAUUUAAUCCAGAGAUUGACAGUGGAGUACACAUGCCCCCCUCCUCCUCCAAACUGACCACGUGCGCACAGGGAGGCCCCCGGCCAGGCCUCGGCAGGCGCGUGGCUUCCUGUGCUCUUCCUCUCUGCCUGCCCUUCCCAGAUAAGCCCAAAGAGGCCGGCUCCUCCCCGUAACAGUAACCACGUAGCUGAGCCUUGCUCCCUGGGUUUCUGCCCCGUGGAGAGCAGCGUUUCCUGCGUCUCACCCACUACCAGCCCUGCCGCCAGGCACUCAGAUGAAACCCUUCCACAGAGCGGGAGUCGGGUGGGCCCGAAGUGUUCGUCUCCAGCUUGGUGUCUCGUGGCUUCCUAGCCAAGGCAGUGUGGGGAGUGGGGCCAAAAGUCUGGUCCCCAGGCCCAGCUGGGACCUUUGCACUCUGGGGGUGAUUCGCUCAUGACCUUGUUCAGCUGACAGUUCCUGGAUGAAGUGGACACUCGCUUGGCCCAGGCGGCCGGUGACCAGAGAGUUUUCCCCGAGCCCGCGCUGCGCCGGGGCUCGCGGCCCCCUCCGCGCAGUGUCGCCCCUCGUGCCUGUGCACCUUGGCCGUGUCAGCAUCGCAGCUUCUGUCUCUCUGUUUGCACUGUCUGUGUGCAGUGACGUUGCUAAUCCCACUGUGUAUAUAAAUGGUAUUGUCCGGUUUUGUUUGUUUUUAAUUUGUAAAGUCUUAUUUUUAUGUGAACUCCUGGCACCUGGAAGUUCUUGUGACGACCGUACCGCGUCAGAAUAAAACGUCUGCCUCUGUC